UUUCCUUCGACCACUUUCCGUAAAGGAAACCAAUCAGUUUCCAUUUCCUUCCUACCAAUCAAAACAAUUUGUUAACGGAAACUUUGUGAAAUUUUCCUAUUUGGAAAUUGGAUGAAUGAAAGAUUUUUCAAUUUGAUGUUGAAGAAAUCGUCUUACUUUUACUUAUGUUAAUGAUUUGACUAAUUAAUCUUAUCAUAAUCAUACUCAUCAUCAUCAUCAAUAUCCAAUUGCAAGUAAUAGAAGAACAUUGAAGAUGAUGGAGUGGGUAGCGAAUCGUUGGGUGGGCGUUGCCGCAUCCAUAUGGAUCCAGUGGAGCUGCGGUGCAUCAUACACCUUCAGCAUCUACUCUCCUCUCCUCAAAUCAACACAAUCCUACGAUCAAUCAACGCUCGACACUGUCUCCGUCUUCAAAGACAUCGGUGCCAACUUCGGCGUCCUCUCCGGCCUCCUUUACUCCGCCGUCACUCCUCACACCAUCCCUCUCCCAUCCAAUAAGUCCAAAUGGACAUCCCUUGCUGGCCCCUGGAUUGUCGUUGCCGCUGGGGCUGUUCAGUCUUUUGUGGGCUUUUUCUUCAUUUGGGCCUCUGUUGUGGGCUUCAUCCAUCAGCCUCCUGUUCCACUCAUGUGUUUCUUCGCUUGGCUUGCAUCUAAUGGUCAAACUUUCUUGAACACUACCAAUGUCGUUACUGGUUUGCGUAAUUUCCCACAAUAUAGUGGCACCAUCAUUGGUAUCAUGAAGGGUUUUCUUGGGCUUAGUGGAGCUAUCCUGAUUCAACUAUACCACACAUUUUUUGAUGGGGACCCAGCAACCUUCCUUCUGAUGCUAGCUUGCUUACCUGCAUUCAUCAGUCUGUUUUUUAUGUUUCUGUUGAGGAUCUAUGAAGUGCAAGACUGUGAUUACAAGAAGCAGUUGGAUGUGUUCUCUGUGGUAACUGCAAUUAUUGUUGUGUAUCUUAUGUUCAUAAUAGUUUUGCAAAACUUUGUGAGCUUGCCGUAUUGGGCACGAGUAUUUACAUUUGUGGUCCUUAUGGUUCUACUAGCAUCGCCGUUUGGCAUUGCUGUGAAAGCUCAUUGGGAAGACUCGAGGGGAUUUUCACAAGCUUGUUCCAUUGAGACCGCUCCUACAAUUGAAUACCAGGAGCUGCCUAGAGAGGAGGUGCAGCAGGUACAAGAUCCUUUAGAUGAUGUGUUGCCCCUUGCACAAGAAAUGAACCUUUUACAAGCAAUGUGUACGGUUGAAUUUUGGAUGUUGUUUGUGACCAUGAUAUCGGGCUUGGGUUCUGGGCUGGCAACGAUAAAUAAUAUGAGCCAAAUAGGACAAUCUCUUGGGUAUAGUACUAUUGAGAUUAAUAAUAUGGUAUCAUUGUGGAGUAUGUGGAAUUUUCUCGGCCGUUUUGGUGGCGGUCAUGUAUCUGAUUAUAUCAUGCACAAAAGAGGUUGGCCGAGGCCACUGUUGAUGACUGUAACUCUGGGAAUUAUGAUUCUUGGUCAUGUAAUCAUAGCUUCUGGUUUCCCUGGCAAUUUUUAUUUGGGUCCUGUUCUGGUGGGAAUAUGCUAUGGUACAAAUUGGUCCUUAAUGCCAACAAUCACUUAUGAGAUAUUUGGUGUGAAGCACAUGGGUACCAUUUUCAACACUAUUGCUGCAGCGAGUCCACUUGGAUCUUAUAUACUUUCUGUGAGAGUUGUUGGAUAUAUAUAUGACAAGGAAGCCAAUAAAGAAGAUAACUCUUGCUUUGGCAUCCACUGUUUCAUGUCGUCGUUUCUGAUCCUGGCCGGUGUGGCUUUUCUGGCAUUUUUGGUUGGUUUGGCAUUGUAUUUCCGUACCCAAAAGUUCUAUACCCAAGUUGUGCUUAGAAGAUUAAAACAUAAUGCACGAUGACCAAGAAUGUGUUUGUCAGCAUUUUUUCACAAAGUUGUCUAUAAAGACUUAUAUGUUGUGAAUUUUACCUGUUUUGUAUGUUGAAAUUGAAAAGGAAAUGUAGUUCACUAUUCUUUCAAUUAUCAUUUGUCACAAUUUUCUUUGAUUAUUAGCAUAGAUUUUCACUUCUUAGAUGGCAUUUUUUGUUCUUUCCUUUCCUUCCCCAUUUCUGGUUGAUGGGGCCUUUUAUGUGUGUGUAAGAUGGGGAAAAGGAGGGUGUGAUGGAGUGUUUUGCACAGGGAAAAUGUACAUGCUUAUGAAAGAAUAAAAGCUAGCCUGUGCAUUAAAUGCAAAAGGUAUAGCAUUGAUUUAAUUUGAA